CUGAGUUGGGCGAUAUUGAGAAAUGGCUUGUUAGGGAAGUUUAUGUGUUGUAUAGGCAUGAGAAUGUAUUUCCGAAGGAAUUUUAAUGCAUUUAAGAGUAAUUGUUUAAAAAUGUGUAUCUCCAAGCAUCAUGUGCUUAGGACGGGUCAAAGGUUUCGCAUUCUCUUAGGAUAAAGACCAAAAUACUCAGUGAUCCCUCUUCCUAUCUAGCACAUUUUGGGCCCCUUUCCUUCUGGUUUUCUGGGUUCAAGUCACACUGACUUUAUUCUUGUUUCUGGAAAACCUCUUUCUUAUCCCUUAGUUUUCGGGAGUUUCCUCCACCUCCAAUGUCUAUUCCUCUUCCUUCUAAUCUAUACUUUCUUAUAUCAGCUCAGUUAUUACUUCCUAAGGAAAGCCACCCCAUCCUGGUUAAGUUCUCUUAACACUGUUUCUCCUUAGCAGGAGUAAAUCAGUUGUAGUAAGUUGUGUUAUUAAUUAGAUGUUUUGUUUCCUCUACUAGCAUUAAGUUUCAUGAAGUUUGGACUAAUCUUAUUUUGUCUCAGGGUCUGACCAGCACCUGGCCCAAUGAAAGAAUGAGUGACUUUGGAGAACAGAUGAGGGAAUUUAAUAUUACCCAGGGAAAACAUUCAGUGUUUUGGAAGAGUGCUGUUUCCUGUGGAAAAGAAAUGGAAAAAGUUUUUAACAAAGGCCAGUCAAGCUUGAUAAAGAACACAAUGGUGGGUGAAGACACUUCUCUAAGAAACCGGCUGUCAAAGUCCAGUGAAAAUUUUGAAGAAGAUGAAGACCGGAAAAACACUACAAAGGAAUCCCUAAAGACUCAUAAUAGUGGUCAACUUGACAUAAAUCCAUUAAUAUCAAAGAAGAUACAACUGACAGCAGAGGCAGAGCAGUUGAAGCCAUUUUUUAUGAAGGAAGUUGGCAGUCAAUUUGAUGAGUUUGUGACCAACCUCAUUGAGAAAUCGACAUCAUUAGACAUUGGUGCGUGUGCUCUCACAUCGUUUUCUGUUCUUGAAGGCGAGAAAAACAACCACAGAGCUAAAGAUCUAAGGGCAUCUCCAGAAAAAGGAAAGCUGUUUAUUGUGAGACAAUCUCUCUUAGAUGAGCUGUUUGAGGUGGACCACAUCAGAACAAUAUAUCACAUGUUUAUUGCCCUCCUCAUUCUCUUUAUCCUCAGCACAGUGGUAGUAGAUUACAUUGAUGAAGGAAGGCUGGUACUUGAGUUCAGUCUCUUGUCUUAUGCUUUUGGCAAAUUGCCUGUUGUUGUUUGGACCUGGUGGGCCAUGUUCUUGUCCACACUUUCAAUUCCCUAUUUCCUCCUUCAACAUUGGGCCAGUGGAUACAGGAAAACUUCCCAUUCAGUGAUCCAUUCUAUCUUCCACGGCUCACUUUUCAUGAUAUUCCAGAUUGGAGUUUUAGGUUUUGGACCAACGUAUGUUGUAUUAGCAUAUACUCUGCCACCAGCUUCCCGGUUCAUUGUUAUACUUGAACAGGUUCGUUUGAUAAUGAAGGCCCAUUCAUUUAUCAGAGAGAAUGUCCCUCGGGUACUGGAGUCAGCUAAGGAGAAAUCAAGCACUGUUCCAGUACCCACAGUCAGCCAGUACUUGUACUUCUUGUUUGCUCCAACGCUCAUCUACCGUGACAGUUAUCCCAGGACCCCCUUUGUAAGAUGGAGUUAUGUUGCAAUACAGUUUGCACAGGUUUUUGGUUGCCUUUUUUAUGUGUACUAUGUCUUUGAAAGGCUCUGCGCACCCUUGUUUCGGAAUAUCAAACAGGAACCCUUCAGUGCUCGUGUUCUGGUCCUGUGUGUAUUUAACUCCAUCUUGCCAGGUGUGCUGAUUCUUUUCCUUUCUUUUUUUGCCUUUUUGCACUGCUGGCUCAAUGCCUUUGCUGAGAUGUUACGUUUUGGUGACAGGAUGUUUUAUAAGGAUUGGUGGAAUUCUACAUCAUACUCCAACUACUACAGGACCUGGAAUGUGGUGGUCCAUGACUGGCUAUAUUACUAUGCUUACAAGGACUUUCUUUGGUUUUUCUCUAAGAAGUUCAAAUCUGCUGCCAUGUUAGCUGUCUUUGCUGUGUCUGCAGUAGUGCAUGAAUAUGCCUUGGCUGUUUGCUUGAGCUUUUUCUAUCCAGUGCUCUUUGUGCUCUUCAUGUUCUUUGGAAUGGCUUUCAACUUCAUUGUCAAUGAUAGCCGGAAGAGGCCAAUUUGGAAUGUUAUGAUGUGGACUUCUCUUUUCUUGGGCCAUGGAGUCAUACUGUGCUUUUAUUCUCAAGAGUGGUAUGCACGUCAGCAUUGUCCUCUGAAAAAUCCCACAUUUCUGGAUUAUGUUCGGCCACGUUCUUGGACUUGCCGUUAUGUGUUUUAGAAGCUUGGACUAAAGAUUGGGUGUUCUGUCCAAUUUGGGGCCAGCAGCUGUUUCAAGCUGUUGCUGAAGUUAUCCAUGUUAUUUGGACCAUUCCAGGUUUUACAUAUGGCUCACUCCAUUCCUACGUCACGUGAAACUGAGCUGUUGGGUAGUAACUGGAAUCUGGUACACUUAAGCAGGACUCUCUUUUUUCCUUUUGGGAGAAGGGAGACCAAUAGCUGAGGUAAUGACAGAUUUUGCUGGGUCAUAUCUGCUCAAACCUCGGUAAUUAUUUCCGCGAAUCUUUUGCUUCUUGUCUUCAUCCAAUCAGAGAGUAGAUAUCAUAUUUUUUUGGCCACUGAAUUAGCGAAAACAUUUAAGAAGAAAUUGUUUAAGUACCUCUGGCUUAGAACUUUUUUCACACACACUGUUGGAAUGUAUGCUAAUUAAAAAUGUGAUUAUGGAAGAAAAGAAAAUAAUUUAAUGUGGAAUGAUUUUUUGGUAUUUCUAUUAUAAAGAGAGAAAAUUCAUCUGUUUUCCAAAGAUAUUCUUGUUAUACAUCCUGUGCUUUUAUUUUGCAUUUGAAAAAAGUGCAGUUCUACUCAAUGUUUACUUUGUUUUCUCUAUGCAGUAUAGGUUGAUUUCUGUGAUGCAAACAUAUGCUUUUCUUCUUGAAUUCCUGAGUUUGCAUCCCUAAGAUAUAUACUGAGGGAAUCAGAAGUGGAAAGGGAAAAAGAAAGAAGUAGCACAGGAAAAGAAAAACAUUUCCUUUUAUAACUUCCAAAGUACUUUAAAGGUUUGCAGACCUGAUCAUGUGUUUAAAUUAUUUUGUUUAUCAUGGAACUUAUGUGGAAAAUGACUUUUUUUUAAUUAAACUUGAAGGUAGUAACUCUUCUGAAGUCAUUUAGAAGUAUCUUUUCAUAUAAUUAUUUCAUUGUCUAAUAAUAAUGACAUAUCUUGAAUUAUUUUGCAGACUAGUAAGUCUGUAACAUAAGUAUUAAUCACUUUCAUUAAUAUUAAUGAUUAUUAAAGAUUCAGAAGCUGGCUUCUGCAUUUGUUCAGUUAUACUUUUAAUGGUAGUUUACUUUAGGUAAAACAAAUUAAUAUGUGAUUGUUUUCAAAGAAAUGUACCCUGUUAUGUGAUAUUUCCAUUUUAUUAGUUGCCCAUUUCUAAUACGGUGCUGUGUGUAGGAAUUAUUUUUGUUUGUAUGUUUCAGGUAUGAUUAUGUUUAUAAAGAUUGAGCAUUGAAAGGGAUAUCAGAGGCCAGGUACUUCAACUUCCCACGCAAAGAAAUGAGACUUAUUUAUUAUCUAAAUGAUUAAUGUUACUUGGAACAGCCAACUUAAGAGACUAUCUUGCACUGUUACUCAAAAAAGUUUUGGGAACUCUUUUUGGAAUUAAACUCAGUUUGAGUACCACAAGAAGAUAAGAGUUUCUUAAUAGUCACAACUUAUUUUGGACCAAAAGUACCCAGUGAAAUUUCAUUCACCAUACCUUUGAUUUAGAUGAAUUGAGGCAGAUUUUAAAAAUCAAAUCCAACUUCAACAAACGAAAGUGCACCUCAAAGGAGGCUAUUUUUUAAAAAUAAUGUAUCCCACGUGUUCUCAAGCAGUAUUGUUCUGUACAGUGGUAUUGUGAUUGUAAUGGAACCAUAACCUCCUAACAAGACUGCUUUUAAUAUAUCUUGUAAUCUCUGGUACUUUUCUUAAAAAUUAAAAUGAGUCAGUCACUUGGAUUUAUAACUACAUUUUAAAUAUAAUGAGGGAGCUGAGAAAAGCAAAUUGGUCUAAGAGUUGGUUAUGAAUAAGCCAGGCUUUUGAAAGAAGAAUUGUUUUGUCUGAAAUUUCAGUUGGCAUUCUUAGGUCUAUAUUCCAUUAAGAAGUACUGAAAAUAUAUACUCAUGAGAAGACUGUUGCUCUGUAGUGAUUCUGAAUAUUGUGUUUAUUGGACUGAUCAAGGCUGUUUUUUUUUUUUUUUUUUUACUUUCAUCUUAUCUUUUGUUUAUUAGUGAUUUUUCUGCCCUAGAUUUUAAGUGACAACAAAGGAUACUGUGUAGUACUAUAGACUGUUUAGAAUGCUAAGAUUAUCCUAAGAAAUUUUUCGGAAACACAUAACAUUUAAGGAAGCAGCCACUUUCUGUGAAAUAAACUAAUUCAAUAACCAUGAUAUUAUUAGCUGCUUUUCGGAAGAAUCUCUUCUUUAAAUCAGCUCUUACAAUCUUUAAACAAAUAAAAUCUAAAAUCUCUUGCUAAUGUGUUUCAGAAAGAUUUAUUUUUACUAUUUUGCUAAUAAUGGUGAAAAUUAUUUUCAGUGACUGAAUGAAACACUUUUCCUUUUGAAAAGUAAUGGGUUGAGAAUUUUUUCCCAUGAGAAGUGUUAAUGAUAGCCAUUAUUUUGGGUACUUUAUCCAAGAGAACAACUAAGCAGGUAUUCCACUUUCUCUAAAUCUCUAACUUGGUCUUCUGGUACCUGUAUGUGUCAAAUAAAAGUUUUAGAUGCUUUUAUUCUUACCUGGAUAAUGAAGCAAAGAGGAGUUCUGUUUUGCCUUUGUUUUUGAGGCAGUUAAUCUACUGCAAUUGCCUAAAGUUGUUUGUCUUGUGUCAGAAGUUGAUUAGAAGAUUGAGACUGCUUUUAACCGGACAAUUAAAAUCUAACAUUUUGGAGCAAAAAGGUGUUUCACCUUUUUCAAAAGUUAAAAGGUAAAAAUGAUUGAUUUUAGCAGGUAAAGAAUAUACAAUGUAUAAAUAGUCUGUUUAAAAUUUUAAAGUAUUUGGACUACAUAGCCUAAAAAAGAUGUAAUUUAUGAAUUGUUGAGUGAGGUCUUAAGCAAAAAGAUAUCUCUGUUUUGUAUGGGUGUAAGUAAGUUUUAGUAAAGCUCAUUGUUUUCUGUGGGUGAAAAAUACUAAGGUAAAUUAAUAUGACACUAUAGUAUUGCUGUCGCUUGCUAUAGUGUGGUAAACUUUUGGUUUUGUUAUGGAAACCUUUUAAAAAAUACUGUUACCUGUAAACCCAGCGUGUAAAACAAGUAAAAUAUAAGCUAUUCCUGACUGA